AUGUGUCUCGCGCAAUCUACAACGAACAGUACCAAGAAUACUAAAGUAUGGCGUCCAGAUGACAACACCAGCCCCAGUCCUGCUCAACCAGGCUCAAGCGAGAUAUACCGAUGUGACAUUCUCGAAACGAUCGAAGCGAAGAUCAAGGAGUUAGACAGUGAGCUGAGGGAGUUGAGUCUUGAUAUUCAUGCUCAUCCUGAACUGGGAUUCAAGGAGUUCCACGCUCAUGAUGCAUAUACGGCGUUCAUAGCGAAACAGGGCUUUGAGGUCACCAAGCACUUUCAUCUUGAAACCGCAUGGCAAGCGACCUAUACCCAUGGCUCCGGAGGCCGGACAAUUGGAAUUAACUCAGAGAUGGACGCCCUCCCGAGUAUUGGCCACGCCUGCGGCCAUAACCUCAUAGGAAUAUCCGGGGUCGCUGUGGCGUGUGCUCUAAAAACAGCCCUGGAGAAACACGAUAUUUCCGGCAAAAUCGUUCUGUUGGGCACACCCGCCGAGGAAGGAGGGCGCGGAAAGGUUCUCCUACUAGACGCGGGCGCUUAUAAGGGAAUGGACAUUUGUUUGAUGUGCCAUCCCGCCCCAGGACCUGUAGGCUCUGUAAGUUUGAGUGGAUCUCUCGCCCUCGAGAUGAUAUCCGUGGAAUAUUUCGGACAUACCGCUCAUGCAGCCCUUUCUCCCUGGGAAGGCAAAAAUGCACUGGACGCGGCUGCCUUAGGGUAUAAUAAUAUUUCGGCACUUCGUCAGCAAAUUCGGCCUACACAUCGUAUCCACGGGAUUUUUGAACAAGGAAAGAAUUGGGCUAUAAAUAUCAUUCCUGACUAUGCAAAAUUCCAAUGCUUGGUUCGCGCCCCGACGUUGAAAGAAGUGAAGGAGACUUCGAAGCGUGUUAGCAAAUGUUUCGAGGCAGCGGGCCUCGCAACCGGGUGUGAAGUCAAGAUCAAUAACGAAGGUAGCCUUUCCGAAAUUCGCCAAAACUCUGCGCUAGGAGGUGAAGUUGCCAACGUCGUUCUCAACAAGUACGGAGACAUCGAUUACGAAUGGGGAAUCAAGAGUGCCUCCACUGAUUUCGGAAAUAUCACAUAUGCUCUUCCUUCUCUCCAUCCAGGAUUUGCUAUUCCAACCAUCGUCGAUGGUGGAAACCAUACACCGGGCUUCGCAGAGUCCGCUGCGUUGCCUGCAGCACAUUAUGCAUGUCUAGACGUAUCUAAGGCUCUUGCCGCGACUGCAGUUCGCGUAUUGUUGGACGAUGACUUCUAUGCAGAGGUUCGAAGGACGUAUGAAGAAGACGAGAAGGAGCGCGACUCCCUUUGA